UAACGCUGUCCAUACGCUGAGUCCCCCCCACCCCCACCCCCCCGUCAGACCAGAGGCACCAUGGGAAACCGCGGCAUGGAGGAUCUGAUCCCGCUGGUCAACCGGCUGCAGGAUGCCUUCAGCUCCAUCGGCCAGGCCUGCAACCUGGACCUGCCGCAGAUCGCGGUGGUCGGAGGUCAGAGCGCGGGGAAGAGCUCCGUGCUGGAGAACUUUGUGGGCAGGGACUUUCUGCCCCGUGGAUCUGGAAUUGUCACCCGCAGGCCCCUGGUCCUGCAGCUGAUCAGCGCAAAUGCUGAAUGGGCUGAGUUUCUCCACUGCAAGGGGAAAAAGUUCACAGACUUCGACGAGGUUCGUCAGGAGAUCGAGUCGGAGACGGAUCGGGUCACGGGGGCCAACAAAGGCAUCUCUCCCGUCCCCAUCAACCUGCGGGUUUACUCCCCUCACGUUCUGAAUCUGACUCUGAUUGACCUGCCUGGGAUCACCAAGGUUCCAGUUGGAGACCAGCCUGCAGACAUCGAGCAACAGAUCAGAGACAUGAUCAUGCAGUUCAUCAGCAGAGAAAGCUGCUUGAUCCUGGCUGUCACCCCAGCAAACACUGACUUGGCCAACUCUGAUGCCCUGAAGCUGGCGAAGGACGUUGACCCCCAAGGUCUCAGGACGAUUGGAGUGAUCACCAAACUGGAUCUGAUGGAUGAGGGGACAGAUGCUCGGGAUGUUCUGGAGAACAAGCUGCUGCCACUUCGAAGAGGAUACAUCGGCGUGGUGAAUCGUAGUCAGAAGGACAUCGAUGGAAAGAAAGACAUCAAGGCGGCUUUGGAAGCUGAGAGGAAGUUUUUUCUGAGCCACCCAGCCUACAGGCACAUGGCUGAAAAAAUGGGCACCCCUCGCCUGCAGCAAGUGCUCAAUCAGCAACUCACCAACCAUAUCCGAGACACCCUGCCAGCUUUCCGCAGCAAGCUGCAGGCCCAGCUGUUGGCUCUGGACAAGGAGGCAGAGGAAUACCGGGGAUACCGGCCUGAUGACCCGUCUCGCAAAACCAAGCAGCUGUUGCAGAUGGUGCAGCAGUUCUCUGUGGACUUUGAGAAGAGAAUUGAGGGCUCAGGGGAUCAGGUGGACACGGUGGAGUUGUCAGGUGGAGCUAAAAUCAAUCGCAUCUUUCACGAGCGCUUCCCCUUCGAGCUGGUCAAGAUGGAGUGUGAUGAGAAGGAGAUGCGGCGUGAGAUCAGUUACGCCAUUAAGAAUAUUCACGGUAUCAGAACUGGACUUUUCACUCCAGAUAUGGCUUUUGAGGCCAUAGUGAAGAAGCAGGUUGUGAAGCUGAAGGAGCCUUGCAUCAAGUGUGUGGACAUGGUCAUCCAGGAGCUGAUCAACACUGUCCGCCAGUGCUCCAACAAGUUGGAAUGUUUCCCGAGGCUGCGUGAAGAAACUGAACGGAUUGUGACCUCUCACAUUCGAGACAGAGAGAGCCGGGCCAAAGACCAGGUCUUACUGUUGAUCGACCUCCAGCUUUCUUACAUAAACACCAACCACGAGGACUUCAUUGGCUUUGCUAACGCUCAGCAGAGGAGCAGUCAGACCAAUAAGAGCCAGAGUUCAGCAGGAAAUCAGGUUAUCCGUAAAGGCUGGCUGACCAUCAACAACAUCAGCAUCAUGAAGGGAGGGGCCAAGGAGUACUGGUUUGUGCUGACAGCCGAGAGCCUCUCCUGGUUUAAGGAUGAUGAGGAGAAGGAGAAGAAGUACAUGCUGCCCCUGGACAACCUGAAGGUCCGCGAUGUGGAGAAAAGUUUCAUGUCCAGCAAGCACAUAUUCUGCAUCUUCAACACAGAGUCCAGAAAUGUGUACAAGGACAACCGAACUCUGGAGCUGGCCUGUGACUCUCAGGACGAUGUGGACAGCUGGAAGUCAUCUCUCCUCCGCGCCGGGGUCUACCCCGAAAAGACCACUACGGUUGAGAGUGAGACGACCACCACCACCGAUAACUUCUCCAUGGACCCCCAGCUGGAGCGUAAAGUUGAAACCAUCCGGAACCUGGUGGACUCGUACAUGGCCAUUGUCAACAAGUGCAUACGGGACCUCAUCCCUAAAACCAUCAUGCAUCUAAUGAUCAAUAAC